AUGAAGAUCGCCCUUGCGCUCAAGCAUCUCGCAGAGAGCCUUGUGCUCCCGAUGGUGGGUAUCAACAAGGGUCUGAAGAGCAGCUAUCUCAUCCCGAGACCGAUCAACAAUCCCACGAGCUACCCUUAUCUCGUCACGAAGAGAUGUCAGAGCUCUCUCAUUCUCAAGCUGAGCAAAGGCAAACUCAUCUCGAUGCUUCGAGACAGCGUUCGCCAUUUGAAGAGCGUCUUUCCUCCUCCACCACCUCCAUUAGAGGACUCUCGCGGUGGCCAGCGCUAUCUAGUCGAGCAGCUGUUGAACCACCGCGACGUGAACGGACGUCGAACGAGUUAUCUCGUCCGGUGGCGCGGCUAUCCCCCGUCAUGGGAUACUUGGGAGCCCCGCUCCCAGCUGAUGAUCGACGUACUGGGUCUGGUCGAGCAGUACAACGUGGCACAUCCUGUGCCGCAGAAGGACCGCCGGAGAAAGCCUUCCCGGCACGGUCGUAAAGGGAUUUCAGGUUGUCAAUCCCUUCGUACAUCUCAGUAG